AAGAAACAUCACGGAGUGGAGAAGAAAAGCUGUACCCCGUGUUAUUUUUACGGGCUCGUGCUGUUCUAAACGUUUUCUAUUAAGAUCCCCUCUUCACUUUUCCUGAAGCCAAACCUCGGUUAUCCUUGUGCUUUUUCAUCUUGAGUCAAACCAUGGUAGAACCCAGACACAUCGAAACACUUGAGGUUUGUGGGGGGAGAUGGUGAUUGUUACAAAUACAAUACGCUUUAAUGUCCUCACACAAUGUUUUGUUGUCGAAAACAUUGGUACACUGAGACGCGUGUGCGUUUUUGGUAACGUGUGCCAUGAUAAUGGAAGAUAACGCGUAUGGCACGUCAAAAGAACACAAGCAGAGUGACAAGGACGAGGAGAGAGAGAGAAAGGGGAGGGGAACUGACAUUAAAGCAACACAACAAGGAAACUACACUGCGGAGCCAGACGCCUUCAUUUCUGUUUUUGAAUAAUAGCCCGAGCACUGGCAAAGUGUGGUCGACGUGUGAAGCUGCCCAAUUCUCGCACAGCCUCAAGUGGCCCGGAAAGAACCUCUUUUGACCGGGUUGGAUUUAAAGGCGCUCGCUGAUGUCCGCAGAUAUGGGUUCGGAGCGCCCCUGCUCGCCACAGGUGGUGGAGGAUGGAGGAGAGGAGGAUGAGGAGGAGCUGAGUGGAGGAGAGGAGGCAGACCUGCGCUCCAGUAUGGGCCGAGGGUCUCUGCUCACACGAAGAGGCAUCACCCUCAGGGUCCUGCUGAAAGACGGCCUGGUGGAGCCUGGAGAGGGUGUCCUGACUAUUCAUUAUCUGGGAAAAAACUUUUCAGGGGACCUCCUGACUGACGGGAAGAUCCGUUGGGUGGAAACAGGACAGACCUUUAACUCUCCAAGUGCGUGGGCCACACAUUGUAAGCGACUUGUGAAUCCAGCCAAGAAGUCGGGCUGUGGCUGGGCUUCAGUGCGCUACAGAGGACAAAAGCUGGUCCAAUACAAAACCACAUGGCUGCACAAGUACCAACCCAGUGCCGACAUG